GAACUCACAGGCCACCAGGGGCCCCAGAUGAUGCCUUUGGGAAUCCCUGGUCUGCCCUAUGGAGCCUCCCACGCAGGGACACUUGCGGAGAGCCUGGCCAUUUGCAGCAUCCAGCUGGGGCUCCCUUAUACAUGCUCAGGGCUGAAACAGCCCUCAGAACACGCGUCCACCCACCCUUGUUCACAGCAGCAAAGAAAGCGAUAGGCCAACUACAAGAAGACACCCUACAGAGCAGGAAAAGAAGCCCCACCCAUUUUCGGGUGUCUGCCCUUGUGUGGAGAGCUGUUUUGGAGAUAAACAGGUGUGUCUGUCUCUGGAAGUUGAAUCUAUAUAAUCACAAGGGGGUGGCUGAGCACUCUGGCAUGUCAGUGGUCACAUGAUGCUGGUCAUAUCAAGUAACCAUGAUCACAUCAGAGCCCGCAGGAGUUAUAAAUACACCACCACCGAGCCCCAACUGGAUGACAAUUGAGUAAUGACAAUAGAAAUAGCUCACACUCCGUAAGACCAUCUUUCCCCUUCCUGGAGAACUUUUCCGAAACCAACAGCAUUACAAUGGAGAGAUGGCCAGAGCCAGUUAGAGGAGAACUUCAAAUCUUUCAGAAGAUGGAAAAAGAGCCUCAAGCUGGAGCUGGGUCCCCAGUGCUCGAGUACCAUGCUGCCUUGGUCACGGGAGAUCUGAGCCGUCUGGAGCAGCUCAUGAACCGGUUCUUCCAGGAUGCCAACGUGGUGUUUGAGAUCAAGAAGGAUGAGAUGGAGUGGCGGGUGAAAUCCCCAGCCACAUUUGGACUGUCAGGCCUCUGGACCCUAGAGUACAAGCGCGAGCUCACCACACCCCUGUGCAUCGCUGCGGCCCAUGGCCACACGGCCUGCGUGCGCCACCUGCUCAGCCGCGACGCGGACCCCGACGCCAGCCCCGGCGGCCAGGGAGCCCUGCACGAGGCCUGCCUGGGGGGCCACACGGACUGCGCCCAGCUGCUGCUGCAGCACGGCGCCGACCCCGACCUGCUCAGCGCCGAGGGCCUGGCGCCCCUGCACCUCUGCCGCACGGCCGCCUCGCUCGGCGGCCACAUGGCCCGCUCCACCUGGUCACCCGCCCUGGCCGCGGACCGCGACCCGCCCUUGGUCCCUACCCCGGCCCCCACCACCCCGAACCCCUGA